CAUUAAAUAUCUCGGACGUCUGCACUGCUGCAGCGGUUGUGUGCACGAUGUCAAACGGGGACAGGAUGGUUUUAGCCCUCGGUGGAGCAGGAACUGUCGGCUCCGGGAUAGUGAAAGCUCUCCUGGACAAGGGUUUCAAGGUUGCUGUGAUCUCCAGAGACAGCAGCAAGUUGGAGAAACUUAAGGGGUUUGUUUCACCUAGCACAAAAAGUAACCUGACCACUUUAGUGGGGAAUGUCGGCUCAGAAGAAGGAGCGGAGGAGGUCAAACAGGCCUUGCUUAAGUCAGUGGGAAACAUCACAGAUGUGGUGUCCUCUCUGGGCUUCAGCUGGUGGCAGGGAGGUCCACCACACACUCAAACCCUCAAAGAACUGCACUGGGUUAUUGAGACUCUGCUUUUCAGCACCUUUGUGUCUUGGAAGGCGUUCUUUCCCCUGGUGAGAGAUGAUGCUAACUCCACCUACACGUUUAUCACAGGAGGUGCUGGAGAGAAAGUGCUCAUGCCGGGCACAGGGUUCCUGACUGUAGGGGCAGCCAGUGCCCUGUCGUUCUGUCAGGUCCUGCGUGAAGAGUACCCAGAGGUGCCAUGCAAAGUCAACCAGGUGAAAAUCAAUACAGGUGUGGCGGUUCCAGACCGAAUGGCCCCCGGGUACAUGAACCACUUGGAUUUAGGGGAGGCCGUGGCUACGCUGGUGGAGCGCCGCAACACGUCCCACACCAUCUUCCCUGUGAGCUGUCCUGCCGAUCUAAAAACUGUGAUCUUGGAGGGCAGUCUGUAAGCAAGGCCCAUCGGAUUUUCCUCUGUAUUCACUUUAUCCUGUUUGUAUGCAUGUAUUGUAUUUAAUGUCAACCAAACAUUUCUGUACUGUCAAACCCCAGCUUUGUCAUAGUGCAAUCAUAACCAUGAUAUACUCAUUGUGCUCAAAACAAAUCAAUAUAAUAACCAAUGGAAUGGUACAGAUGCUUUGGAGUGCAGCUGAGUGAAAACGACCUGCCCUCGUUCACUCAAUGCUUAACUGGCUGUUAUUUCCACGGCUCCAAUUAUUCCUAGCCAAUGUUUCCCAUUAUUAGUGUGUAGGGGGCAAGGGGUUCAGAAAUGGCCGGCCUUCAAACUGGAGGACAUUGUUGUCCAUGUUUGCUGUAAUCAUGACAUAUACAUUAACGCUUUGGUGACAGGGAUUUAAAUUUGCCACUGGAUUUAGUAAAGUGUCUAAUUAAAGGGGAAAGGAUGUGAGAAGGCUUUGUCAGUUUGUCACUGUAGUUUUGCAUUGAAUCAGUUUUUUGAAGUGAUAGUUCACUCAAAACUUACAACUUAAAACUUUCAUCCUCAUGUCAGUUCCAAACCUGUAUGACACACUUUCUUCUGUGGAACAAAAAAGAAAACUUUUUUUUUUUUUUUUUUUUGAAGAAAGAAAACCAUAUAGGUUUGAAAUUAGAUACUCUCUCUUUAUAUCUUAAAUACAGACCAAAAAGUGUGCCAUUCUGUUUAUUCAACCAAAACAUAGUUUCUGUUACUCAGUUUAGUAUUUGUCUGAGUGAAAACAAUUAAUGGGGCAUUUAUAUUGUGUGUCUGAGAAAAUUUAAAUAAUAAAAAAAGAGAAAAUC